AAUAAAAAAAUAACAAAUCAAAAAGGAUUUCCUGUGGCCCCAGGAAAAAGUUUUUUUCCUAGUGUGGCAAUGUGUUGAGUAAAGAUUACUUUCCUUAUAGAAUGUAAUAAUUGCAGGUAAAUGGGGCAAAAUUUCUAAAAAUCCAGUUAUUUAAAGCACUUACCAAACUUGAAUAAGCUUCUUCCUCAGAUAUUAGUAAUAAAAAUAAUGAUAGUGUUCUGUGCCCUGUUUAUUCUGUGAGGUCAUGUUCUAGGCUCUCCAUGUGACAAAUGAAGAAAGGAAAGUGAGGAGAGACAGAGUGCCUACCUGGUUGAGGUGGCUGACCCAGACAGCUGGCUUCCAGAGCCCAUGCUCCUAACCAGAUACCUAAGUAACUCUUGACACAAAAUUUCAUUUUGAGUUGUGGCACCAUUGUGGCUUUCAGGUGAUGUACCUAAAACUUGGAAAGUUAGUGAAAAUGAGUUGUGACGUGCAUUGUCACCCCUGCCCACCACUGCUGUGCUCCUGGAUCUCCUCCACGCCUCACCUCUUGUGUGUACAUCACAACUCCUUUGUGAGGUGGUUGUUUGUAGCCCUGUGUCUCCUCCUUUGCUGGGUCCCUGCCCCUGGGGCAGCAGGUCUCUGUGCAAAGUACUGUUUUGCUGUUUUGGUGCUCCUUGUGCUGGGAGCUGGCCAAUGAACGAGUGCCAUUCACCUUAUUUUAAAUGUCCUUAUUGCAUUGCCAUUUUCAUUACUAUACUGAGUUUAAUUUGGAAAAAAUAUCCCCUGUGCUUCCUGGUAGAUACGACUUGUUGCCCUGUCAGGAAUGUAGCAAUUAGGAGAUUAGAAAAAGGAGACCAGAUUUCCCAGCCCUCAGGGCAGUCAGUUUUGCAGAGUCCAUUUGGUUCUUGGGGGUACUGCAGGGCAAAAGUCUAUAGAUGUAAAACUGCCGCAGAGUGUGACCUCCCUCACCCCCAUUUCUUACUGCAGGACCCCAUGUGGCCCCUGCUUCCUGCAGCAGUGAGUUGGAGGAGGCUGCGUGGCCUCAGUGCCAGCCCAGUUGCCUGCCUCAUGUCCUCCCACUGCCAUUGUCCCAGGUGGAUUGUGAGUGAGGUGGUCACCCGUCAGAGCUGCUUCUGUUGGAGCCUUCGUGAUAGCUGGAUUAGCUGUGCCCUGUCAUUUCCAGACGGUGGAAGCAGAUGAGGAUUGCAGUGCUGCCAGGAUUUCGAAAAAAUGAUGAAAUGAAAGCUAUGGAUGUUUUGCCAAUUUUGAAGGAAAAAGUUGCAUACCUUUCAGGUGGUAGAGAUAAACGUGGGGGUCCCAUUUUAACAUUUCCAGCCCGCAGCAAUCAUGACAGAAUACGACAGGAGGAUCUCAGGAGACUCAUUUCAUAUCUAGCCUGUAUUCCAAGCGAGGAGGUCUGCAAGCGAGGCUUCACGGUGAUCGUGGACAUGCGUGGGUCCAAGUGGGACUCCAUCAAGCCCCUGCUGAAGAUCCUGCAGGAGUCCUUCCCCUGCUGCAUCCACGUGGCUCUGAUCAUCAAGCCAGACAACUUCUGGCAGAAACAGAGGACUAAUUUUGGCAGUUCCAAAUUUGAAUUUGAGACAAAUAUGGUCUCUUUAGAAGGCCUUACCAAAGUAGUUGAUCCUUCUCAGCUAACUCCCGAGUUUGAUGGCUGCCUGGAAUACAACCACGAAGAAUGGAUUGAAAUCAGAGUUGCUUUUGAAGACUACAUUAGCAAUGCAACGCACAUGCUGUCUCGGCUGGAGGAACUUCAGGACAUCCUAGCUAAGAAGGAGUUGCCUCAGGAUUUGGAGGGGGCUCGGAAUAUGAUCGAGGAGCACUCCCAGCUGAAGAAGAAGGUGAUUAAGGCCCCCAUCGAGGACUUGGAUUUGGAGGGACAGAAGCUGCUUCAGAGGAUUCAGAGCAGUGAUAGCUUUCCCAAAAAGAACUCGGGGUCAGGCAAUGCGGACCUGCAGAACCUCUUGCCCAAGGUGUCCACCAUGCUGGACAGGCUGCACUCGACGCGGCAGCACCUGCACCAGAUGUGGCACGUGAGGAAGCUGAAGCUGGACCAGUGCUUUCAGCUGCGGCUGUUUGAACAGGAUGCCGAGAAGAUGUUUGACUGGAUCACACACAACAAAGGCCUGUUUUUAAACAGCUACACAGAGAUUGGGACCAGCCACCCUCAUGCAAUGGAGCUUCAGACGCAGCACAAUCACUUUGCCAUGAACUGUAUGAACGUGUACGUGAACAUCAACCGCAUCAUGUCUGUGGCGAAUCGCUUGGUGGAAUCUGGCCACUAUGCCUCGCAGCAGAUCAAGCAGAUCGCGAAUCAGCUGGAGCAGGAGUGGAAGGCGUUCGCGGCAGCCCUGGACGAACGGAGCACCUUGCUGGACAUGUCCUCCAUUUUCCACCAGAAGGCUGAGAAGUAUAUGAGCAAUGUGGAUUCGUGGUGUAAAGCCUGCGGUGAGGUAGACCUUCCCUCAGAGCUGCAGGAUCUAGAAGAUGCCAUCCAUCACCACCAGGGAAUAUACGAACACAUCACGCUUGCUUAUUCUGAGGUGAGCCAAGAUGGGAAGUCACUCCUUGACAAGCUCCAGCGGCCCUUGACUCCAGGCAGCUCCGAUUCCCUGACGGCCUCUGCCAACUACUCCAAGGCCGUCCACCACGUCCUGGACGUCAUCCACGAGGUGCUGCACCACCAGCGGCAGCUCGAGAACAUUUGGCAGCACCGCAAGGUCCGGCUCCACCAGAGGCUGCAGCUGUGCGUGUUCCAGCAGGACGUCCAGCAGGUGCUGGAUUGGAUUGAGAACCACGGAGAAGCUUUCCUGAGCAAGCACACAGGUGUGGGGAAAUCUCUGCAUCGGGCCAGAGCUUUGCAGAAACGUCAUGAGGAUUUUGAAGAAGUGGCACAGAACACAUACACCAAUGCGGAUAAAUUACUAGAAGCGGCAGAACAGCUGGCUCAGACUGGGGAAUGUGACCCAGAAGAGAUUUACCAGGCUGCCCAUCAGCUUGAAGACCGGAUACAAGAUUUCGUUCGGCGUGUUGAGCAGCGAAAGAUCCUGCUGGACAUGUCAGUGUCCUUUCACACCCACGUAAAAGAGCUCUGGACGUGGCUGGAGGAGCUGCAGAAGGAGCUGCUGGACGAUGUGUACGCAGAGUCGGUGGAGGCCGUGCAGGACCUCAUCAAGCGCUUCGGCCAGCAGCAGCAGACGACGCUGCAGGUGACCGUCAACGUGAUCAAGGAGGGCGAGGACCUCAUCCAGCAGCUGAGGGACUCCGCCAUCUCCAGCAACAAGACCCCCCACAACAGCUCCAUCAGCCACAUCGAGACGGUGCUGCAGCAGCUGGACGAGGCGCAGUCGCAGAUGGAGGAGCUCUUCCAGGAGCGCAAGAUCAAGCUGGAGCUCUUCCUGCAGCUGCGCAUCUUUGAAAGGGAUGCCAUCGACAUAAUCUCAGACCUUGAGUCUUGGAAUGAUGAGCUUUCUCAGCAAAUGAAUGACUUUGACACAGAGGAUCUCACAAUCGCAGAGCAGCGCCUCCAGCACCACGCAGACAAAGCCUUGACCAUGAACAACUUGACUUUCGACGUCAUCCACCAAGGGCAGGAUCUUCUGCAGUACGUCAACGAAGUACAGGCCUCUGGCGUGGAGUUGCUCUGCGAUAGAGAUGUAGACAUGGCGACUCGGGUCCAGGACCUGUUGGAGUUUCUUCACGAAAAACAGCAGGAGCUGGAUUUAGCAGCAGAACAGCAUCGGAAGCACCUGGAGCAGUGCGUGCAGCUCCGCCACCUGCAGGCAGAAGUGAAGCAGGUGCUGGGUUGGAUCCGCAAUGGAGAGUCCAUGUUAAACGCCGGACUUAUCACAGCCAGCUCAUUACAAGAGGCAGAGCAGCUCCAGAGAGAGCACGAACAGUUCCAGCAUGCCAUCGAGAAGACACACCAGAGCGCGCUGCAGGUGCAGCAGAAGGCGGAGGCCAUGCUGCAGGCCAAUCACUACGACAUGGACAUGAUCCGAGACUGCGCCGAGAAGGUGGCCUCGCACUGGCAGCAGCUCAUGCUGAAGAUGGAGGACCGCCUCAAGCUCGUCAACGCCUCGGUCGCCUUCUACAAGACGUCAGAGCAGGUGUGCAGCGUCCUCGAGAGCCUGGAGCAAGAGUACAAGCGAGAAGAAGACUGGUGUGGCGGAGCCGACAAGCUGGGCCCCAACUCCGAGACGGACCAUGUCACCCCGAUGAUCAGCAAGCACCUCGAGCAAAAGGAAGCGUUCCUGAAGGCUUGCACUCUUGCUAGGAGGAAUGCAGAUGUCUUCCUGAAGUACCUGCACAGGAACAGCGUGAACAUGCCGGGGAUGGUGACACACAUCAAAGCUCCUGAGCAGCAAGUGAAAAAUAUCUUGAAUGAGCUCUUCCAGCGGGAGAACAGGGUAUUGCAUUAUUGGACCAUGCGGAAGAGACGGCUGGACCAGUGUCAGCAGUACGUGGUCUUUGAGCGGAGCGCCAAGCAGGCGUUAGAAUGGAUCCAUGACAAUGGGGAGUUCUACCUUUCCACACAUACCUCGACAGGUUCAAGUAUACAGCACACCCAGGAGCUACUGAAAGAGCACGAGGAGUUUCAGAUAACUGCAAAGCAAACCAAAGAGAGAGUAAAGCUAUUGAUACAGCUGGCUGAUGGCUUUUGUGAAAAAGGGCAUGCCCAUGCAGCAGAGAUAAAAAAAUGUGUUACUGCAGUGGAUAAGAGGUACAGAGAUUUCUCUCUGCGGAUGGAGAAGUACAGAACCUCUUUGGAGAAGGCCCUGGGUAUUUCUUCGGAUUCCAACAAAUCGAGUAAAAGUCUUCAGCUAGAUAUCAUUCCAGCCAGUAUCCCUGGGUCAGAGGUGAAACUUCGAGAUGCUGCUCAUGAACUUAAUGAAGAAAAGCGGAAAUCUGCCCGCAGGAAAGAGUUCAUAAUGGCUGAGCUAAUUCAAACUGAAAAGGCUUACGUAAGAGACCUCCGGGAGUGUAUGGAUACCUACCUGUGGGAAAUGACGAGUGGUGUGGAGGAGAUCCCGGCUGGCAUCGUGAACAAAGAACUCAUCAUCUUCGGAAACAUGCAGGAAAUCUAUGAGUUUCAUAAUAACAUAUUCCUAAAGGAGCUAGAAAAAUAUGAACAGUUGCCAGAGGAUGUUGGACAUUGCUUUGUUACAUGGGCAGACAAGUUUCAGAUGUAUGUCACAUAUUGCAAAAAUAAACCUGAUUCUACUCAGCUGAUUUUGGAACAUGCAGGGUCCUACUUUGAUGAGAUACAGCAACGGCAUGGAUUAGCCAAUUCCAUCUCUUCCUACCUUAUUAAACCAGUUCAGCGAAUAACGAAGUAUCAGCUCCUUUUAAAAGAGCUGCUGACGUGCUGUGAGGAAGGAAAGGGGGAGAUUAAGGACGGCCUGGAGGUGAUGCUCAGCGUGCCCAAGCGAGCCAAUGACGCCAUGCACCUCAGCAUGCUGGAAGGGUUUGAUGAAAACAUUGAGUCUCAGGGAGAACUCAUCCUACAAGAAUCCUUCCAAGUGUGGGACCCAAAAACCUUAAUCCGAAAGGGUCGAGAACGACAUCUCUUCCUUUUUGAAAUGUCCUUAGUAUUUAGUAAAGAAGUGAAAGAUUCCAGUGGGAGAAGCAAGUACCUUUACAAAAGCAAAUUGUUUACCUCAGAGUUGGGUGUCACAGAACAUGUUGAAGGAGAUCCUUGUAAAUUUGCACUGUGGGUGGGGAGAACACCAACUUCAGAUAACAAAAUUGUCCUUAAGGCUUCCAGCAUAGAGAACAAGCAGGACUGGAUAAAGCACAUCCGCGAGGUGAUACAGGAAAGGACGAUCCACCUGAAAGGAGCCCUGAAGGAGCCCAUUCACAUCCCCAAGACGGCUCCCACCACAAGGCAGAAGGGAAGGAGGGAUGGAGAGGACCUGGACAGCCAAGGCGAUGGCAGCAGCCAGCCCGAUACGAUCUCAAUCGCCUCCCGGACGUCUCAGAACACACUGGACAGUGACAAGCUCUCCGGUGGCUGCGAGCUGACGGUGGUGAUCCACGACUUCACGGCCUGCAACAGCAACGAGCUGACCAUCCGCCGCGGCCAGACCGUGGAGGUGUUGGAGCGGCCGCACGACAAGCCUGACUGGUGUCUGGUGCGAACCACCGACCGCUCCCCCGCGGCGGAAGGCCUGGUCCCCUGCGGCUCUCUGUGCAUCGCCCACUCCAGAAGCAGCAUGGAAAUGGAGGGCAUCUUCAACCACAAAGACUCGCUGUCCGUUUCCAGCAACGACGCCAGCCCGCCCGCCUCCGUGGCCUCCCUGCAGCCCCACAUGAUCGGGGCCCAGAGCUCUCCAGGCCCCAAGCGGCCGGGCAACACCCUGCGCAAGUGGCUCACCAGCCCCGUGCGGCGGCUCAGCAGCGGCAAGGCCGACGGGCACGUGAAGAAGCUCGCACACAAGCACAAGAAGAGCAGGGAGGUCCGCAAGAGCGCAGACGCCGGCUCGCAGAAGGACUCAGACGACAGCGCGGCCACCCCACAGGACGAGACCGUGGAAGAGAGAGGCCGGAAUGAAGGCCUCAGCAGCGGCACCCUCUCCAAAUCCUCCUCCUCGGGGAUGCAGAGCUGUGGGGAAGAGGAAGGUGAGGAGGGGGCGGACGCUGUGCCCCUGCCCCCGCCCAUGGCCAUCCAGCAGCACAGCCUUCUCCAGCCGGACUCACAGGAUGACAAGGCCUCUUCCCGGUUAUUGGUCCGCCCCACCAGCUCUGAAACGCCGAGUGCAGCCGAGCUUGUCAGUGCGAUUGAGGAACUCGUGAAAAGCAAGAUGGCCCUGGAGGAUCGACCAAGCUCACUCCUUGUGGACCAGGGAGACAGCAGCAGCCCUUCCUUCAACCCCUCGGACAACUCCCUUCUCUCUUCCUCCUCGCCCAUUGAUGAGAUGGAAGAAAGGAAGUCCAGCUCCUUGAAGAGAAGGCACUAUGUUUUGCAAGAAUUAGUGGAGACAGAGCGUGACUAUGUGCGGGACCUUGGCUAUGUGGUUGAGGGCUACAUGGCACUUAUGAAAGAAGAUGGAGUUCCUGAUGACAUGAAAGGAAAAGACAAGAUUGUGUUUGGCAACAUCCAUCAGAUUUAUGACUGGCACAGAGACUUUUUUUUAGGAGAGUUAGAGAAGUGCCUUGAAGAUCCGGAAAAACUAGGAUCCCUUUUCGUUAAACACGAGAGAAGGUUGCACAUGUACAUAGUUUAUUGUCAAAAUAAACCAAAGUCUGAGCACAUUGUCUCAGAAUACAUUGAUACCUUUUUCGAGGAUUUAAAGCAGCGUCUUGGCCACAGGUUGCAACUCACAGAUCUGUUGAUCAAACCAGUGCAGAGAAUUAUGAAAUAUCAGCUGUUGCUAAAGGACUUCCUCAAAUACUCCAAAAAGGCCAGCCUGGAUACAUCAGAAUUAGAGAGAGCCGUGGAAGUCAUGUGCAUAGUACCAAGGCGCUGCAACGACAUGAUGAACGUGGGGCGGCUGCAAGGAUUUGAUGGUAAAAUUGUUGCCCAGGGUAAACUGCUCUUGCAGGACACAUUCUUGGUCACAGACCAAGAUGCAGGGCUUCUGCCUCGAUGUAAAGAGAGGCGCGUUUUCCUCUUUGAGCAGAUCGUCAUAUUCAGUGAACCACUUGAUAAAAAAAAGGGCUUCUCCAUGCCAGGAUUCCUGUUUAAGAACAGUAUCAAGGUGAGUUGCCUUUGCCUGGAGGAAAAUGUGGAAAAUGACCCCUGUAAAUUUGCUCUAACAUCAAGGACGGGUGACGUGGUAGAGACCUUCAUUUUGCAUUCAUCCAGUCCAAGUGUCCGGCAAACAUGGAUCCAUGAAAUCAACCAAAUUUUAGAAAACCAGCGCAAUUUUUUAAAUGCCUUGACAUCACCGAUCGAGUACCAGAGGAACCACAGCGGGGGCGGCAGCGGGGGCGGUGGGGGCGGGGGCGGCGGCGGGGCCCCCAGCAGCGGAGGCGGCCACGGAGGCGGCCCCAGCAGUGGUGGCACCAGCGGCGGCCCCAGCUCGAGCAGGAGCAGGCCCUCCCGGAUCCCCCAGCCUGUCCGACACCACCCCCCUGUGCUGGUCUCCUCUGCAGCCUCGAGCCAGGCAGAGGCAGACAAGAUGUCAGGUAUGUGCACCCCUGGCCCCUCACUGCCUCCCCCCGGCGGCAGCCUGGCCUUGGAGGCCGGCCUCAGCCAGCCCAGCAGGCCGCCCCCCAGCGGAGACGCCGAAGGGCCCGAGCGCGGAGCCGAGCCGGUCCCCAAGAUGAAGGUGAUGGACAGCCCCCGGAAGUCGGCCGCGGGCGCCGGCCAGGACGCGGGCAGCGCCAAGGACGCGCGGGGGAGCCCGGGCUCCCUGCCCCUGGGGAAGCCCAGGUCCGGGGCCGUCUCGCCUCUGAACUCUCCGCUGGCCACCGCGUUCCCUUCUCCUUUCGGCAAGGAGCCCUUUCCCCCCAGCAGCCCCCUGCAAAAGGGGGGCUCCUUCUGGAGCUCCAUCCCUGCCUCCCCGGCCAGCCGGCCCGGCUCCUUCACCUUCCCGGGGGACAGCGACUCCCUCCAGCGCCAGACGCACCGCCACGCGGCCCCCGGCAAGGACACGGACCGCAUGAGCACGUGCUCGUCGGCCAGCGAGCAGUCCGUGCAGUCCACCCAGAGCAACGGGAGUGAAAGUAGCAGCAGUAGCAACAUCUCCACCAUGUUGGUGACACACGAUUACACGGCAGUGAAGGAGGAUGAGAUAAAUGUCUAUCAAGGAGAGGUCGUUCAAAUUCUGGCCAGCAAUCAGCAGAACAUGUUUCUGGUGUUCCGAGCCGCCACUGACCAGUGCCCCGCAGCCGAGGGCUGGAUUCCAGGCUUCGUCCUGGGCCAUACCAGUGCAGUCAUCGUGGAGAACCCCGACGGGACUCUCAAGAAGUCAACAUCUUGGCACACAGCACUCCGUUUAAGGAAAAAAUCUGAGAAAAAAGAUAAAGACGGCAAAAGGGAAGGCAAGUUAGAGAACGGUUAUCGGAAGUCACGGGAGGGACUCAGCAACAAGGUAUCUGUGAAGCUUCUCAAUCCCAACUACAUAUAUGACGUUCCCCCAGAAUUCGUCAUUCCGUUGAGUGAGGUCGCGUGUGAGACAGGGGAGACCGUUGUUCUUAGAUGUCGAGUCUGUGGCCGCCCCAAAGCCUCCAUCACCUGGAAGGGCCCUGAACACAACACCUUGAACAACGAUGGUCACUACAGCAUCUCCUACAGUGACUUGGGAGAGGCCGCUCUGAAGAUCGUUGGCGUGACCACGGAAGACGAUGGCAUCUACACGUGCAUCGCUGUCAAUGACAUGGGCUCAGCCUCGUCGGCGGCCAGCCUGCGAGUCCUAGGUCCAGGGAGCGAUGGGAUCAUGGUGACCUGGAAAGACAACUUUGACUCCUUCUACAGUGAAGUGGCUGAGCUCGGCAGGGGCAGAUUCUCUGUCGUUAAGAAAUGUGAUCAGAAGGGAACCAAACGAGCAGUGGCCACUAAGUUUGUGAACAAGAAGUUGAUGAAGCGCGACCAGGUCACCCAUGAGCUCGGUAUCCUGCAGAACCUCCAGCACCCCCUACUCGUCGGCCUCCUUGACACCUUUGAGACCCCCACCAGUUACGUGCUGGUCUUAGAAAUGGCUGACCAGGGCCGCCUCCUGGACUGCGUGGUGCGAUGGGGAAGCCUCACCGAAGGGAAGAUCAGAGCGCACCUGGGGGAGGUUCUGGAAGCCGUGCGAUACCUUCACAACUGCAGGAUAGCACACCUGGACCUAAAGCCUGAGAACAUCCUGGUGGAUCAGAGUUUAGCCAAGCCGACCAUUAAACUGGCUGACUUUGGAGAUGCUGUCCAACUCAACACGACCUACUACAUCCACCAGCUACUGGGGAACCCCGAAUUUGCGGCCCCCGAAAUCAUCCUUGGGAACCCUGUCUCCCUGACCUCGGAUACCUGGAGUGUUGGAGUGCUCACAUACGUGCUUCUGAGCGGCGUGUCCCCCUUCCUGGACGACAGCGUGGAAGAGACCUGCCUGAACAUUUGCCGAUUAGACUUUAGUUUCCCAGAUGACUACUUUAAAGGAGUGAGCCAGAAGGCCAAGGAGUUCGUGUGUUUCCUCCUGCAGGAGGACCCUGCCAAGCGCCCCUCGGCUGCGCUGGCGCUCCAGGAGCAGUGGCUGCAGGUGGGCACUGGCACCGGCAAAAGUGCAGACGUGCUCGAUACGUCCAGACUGACUUCCUUCAUUGAGCGGCGCAAACACCAGAAUGAUGUUCGACCUAUCCGUAGCAUUAAAAACUUCCUGCAGAGCAGGCUUCUGCCUCGAGUUUGACCUGUCCUGAAGUUCUUUCUCAUUCUCUUUCACCUGCCAAUCAGCUGUUGAUUUGAAUUUCGAAGAGAAAACAAACAAACAUAACUGACCAGCUGCCGGUCUGUUCGUCGUGUGAAAUUGCAUUCCAAGUGAGCUGUGCUCAGCGGUGCUUGGACUCAGAGCUGCGAGCUGCGCUGGGGUGGAGGACCUUCGUUACACUCUGCCGGAGGCAGAGAUCGCGUUGCUGUAUCACAGUAUUUUAUUCAGGUUUCUGCAAAAAAAUAAAAAUAAAAAAGAUACUUUUUUAAACAAACAUGAAUAGAAUUUUGCAAAUUUAACAUUUUCAAGAUUUAUUCAAGGAAACAAAAUGCCUAUGUUCAACCACUGGUGUUCACGAACAAAACAGAGAUACUGUGCAUCGCUGGGGAAGACGCACCCAGGUGGCGGCCACGGCCUCGGCUAGGGCCCGGCGGCCACCCGGCUCCGAGCUUUUCCAGCCGCCUCGUCUGUGUGCGUCUCGCCCGGACGCCAGCCAGACUCGGCUUCUGAAACAUGCAUUCAACCUCAGACUUUUGCAUAAAAUAGAAUGAAUUGUUUUGCUCUGAUGAAAUGUAGGCCUUACUUGUAUAUAAGACUGUUCCUGCCUUCGGUCUGUCACUUCCCACCUCCCUCCCUCCCCCGCCCGCCGGGGGCUUCCUCUGGGGGUCUGAGGGUCUGUCCAUCAAAUGCAGACUUCAGGUCAGGUCCUGCCCCGCAGUCCCUCCCCCAACCCCCGCCCCGUCUGUCAGUCAGAUUGUUGAGCAGUAUACAGUCAGAUGAAAAUACUGUAAAUGCACUCAUUGGGGUUUUUUUGGUUUUAUUUCAUAUCAUGUGCAAUGUUGUGGCUUUAACAUUUUAUGCAACUAUUUAUGAAGACCUCUGUUGUACCUGUAAUAAAUACAUAGAAAAAGCACAUACUUCGUACAGUGAGCUUUAUGGUUGUGUGUGUGUGUGUGUUGGGGUCGGGGGCGGGAGGGUGGGUCGUAGCCCUGUGCCAUCUGUUCAAGGAGACCGAACUCUUCGUGAAAUUUGUCGGUUUUAAGGACUGUAAAGAGUUAUUUCAUACUCUGAAUAUAAAACUGGAUAAUAGGGUAAUGUUUUAAAAUUUAUUAUGCUAUUAUUCAGAAUGCCAAAGUAUUAUUUUUUUUCCCAAAAUCAGUCUGGACAUUUACUACUUUUUAGACUUUUUGACGUUCAACUUUCUGUACAAAAAAAUUGGCUGGAUUUUGAGCUUUUGGUAAGAAAUAAAAGCCAAUUAAGCACUGGCCGCCCUGAGGCCAGUACCCAAUGCCCGAGUCACUGUGGCAGAAUUCACGCUGGCGUGGGGAGUCCCUUCAACAUGAGAGGCGAGGUUUCUGGGCACGCUUGAAGUUUUCUGGAUGUCUUUUUAUCUUUGUUAUGUGAAGUACACUAAAAAAGAGACCAGCCUGCUUCCCAAGCCAGCCAGACACCUGGGUCUUGAGCCAUAAACUGGCGUAGUUAAGCUUUGCAGCUUCCAAUGUAUUUUAUUUAUUCUUUUGUUGGGUUUUUGUUUGUUUCUUCUUGUAAAAUUGUACAGAAACUUUUUAAAAGAAAUUGGAUUCAAAACUGGAUGUGUAUCGUAACCUCAUAACUUUUAUUUGUGUAUUGUUUCUUUUAUUAUUUCAGUUAAAUUUUUACAUUAUUUUGCAUGUAUAUUUCUUUGUACAGAGACCUUACAUGUUUACACAGUAUGAUGUGAUGUAAAUAUUUUAUUUUGCCAUCAGUUAUUUUAAAAAAUUAAACAUAUUUGCUUGA